AUGGAGGAGACAUACCUUCUCAACUAUCCAGGGGUCAAGAAGAAAAUCUUAGCAGGAGGCAAAGGACCACUGCCUCAUUUUCCUCCUGGGACAAAGCUGGUCUUCCAUUUCCAAACGCUGCUGGACAACUUUGAGCGGACAGUCAUCGAUGACAGUAGACUGGCUGGCAGACCAGCUGAGAUCUUUGUUGGAAAGAUGUUCAAAAUGGAAGUUUGGGAGCCAAUGCUGACUUCAAUGAGGGUCGGAGAGGUGGCUGAAUUCUGGUGUGAUGCCAUUCACACAGGCUUGUAUCCCAUUGUGUCCAAGGGAAUGAGGCUGAUAGCCCAAGGAAAAGACCCCCUGGAUGGCCAGAAACAUAUGUGCGGUAUGGGGAACCUGUUCCACUAUCACUCCACUGGUUUCCCGGAGCUUGAUGAGAUCAUGCGAAAUCCUCAACCACUCAUAUUCAUCAUGGAGCUGUUGCAGGUAGGAGACCCCUUGUCCUACCACAGAGAGUCAUGGAUGAUGGACAAGGAUGAGAAGUUGCAAGCGGUGCCAGUUCUUCACAUGCAGGGCAAUGCUUUGGUCAAGCAAAAACAUUUCAGAGAGGCUGCCAGCAAGUACAAGGAAGCUGUCCUGCUGCUAAAAACAGUGCAGUCCAGGGAGAUGCCAGGUGACAUAGACUAUAUGAAUUUGGGUCGAAUGAUUGUGCCACUGGAGCUGAACUACUGCCAGUGUAUGUUGGAGCUACAGGAGUACUAUGAAGUCAUAGAGCACACCACUGAGCUGCUGGAGAAGCACAAAGACUGUGUGAAGGGCUACUACAAGCGUGCCAAAGCUCAUGCUGCAGUGUGGAAUGAAAAAGAAGCUCGGAAAGACUUCAACAUGGUGGCCCAGUUGGACAUUACUCUUGCUGCGCUUGUUCGUCGAGAGUUGAAUGCCUUGUCGGAGCACAUGAAGGAGAAGUACUGGCAGGAAAAGGAGCAAUACUGGAACAUGCUGGAGAAAACAGAGGGUGGAAGCAAAGAGGCGAAUGAUGAGGUCCAUAAUGAAGAGGAGAAUGAGAAAGAUGAACAAAAAAAUAAAGAAAGCAAAGAUAACCUUAAAAGCAGCACGACUGCAGCUACAGUGGGAAAGAAAAAUGGUUCAACUGAGAUGAAAUGUGUUGAAAAAGAAGAAUCUGGAGAAGAAAAUGUUACACCACCUGAGGGAUCCAGGGAGGAAGACGGUACCUCUGUAGUCGAAGUCUACGCUUGUGAUAAAAUGGAGGGGAAGGACUGGCAACAAAUGCUACGACUGGUGAUGUUGCUGCAGAAUGAAGGAAACUUUUUCAUCAAAGAAAAGCGCUUUCAAGAGGCUUCCACCAAAUUCAAGGAGGCUUUGGAAUAUGUGGACUUCUUACAAAACAAGCAGGUGGAUCAACACAGUGAGGACUGGGAGUCGCUGGAGAAGGUGCGUCUUCCUCUCAGUCUCAACCUCAGCCAAUGUAAGCUAGAGCUGAAACAAUACCAGGAGGUGGUGGAGCUAAACGACAGGCUGCUAAAGAGCCAUAAAGGUAACUUUAAAGCAGUGUACCAGAGGGCUCGGGCGCAUGCAGCAUUGUGCAAUGAGGAUGAAGCUCAAAGGGACUUUGCCAUGGUGGAGAAAUUGGAUCCAAAGUUUAGACCCUUUGUUCGUCAGGAGCUGAAAAUGCUGGCAGAAAACAUCCGCAUCAUGCACGCCCGCCAGAACAAGAAUUACUGGGAAACAACAAAGGAGAAGUGGGGUCCUGGUGGAAGCAGGACCAAGGGUGUAGUGAGAAAGAAGAAUACCAACUCAGCUAAGCAACCCACAGAGGCAAACAUCGAACUGGAUAAAAAGACUGAAGAGAGUAAAGUUGAAGAGAAGGAAAGCCCAGAAGAACAUCAUACCAUUGAGACUGAAAGAGCAGGGGACACAGAAACAGAAAAAAAUCCUGUUUUGAAAGCAGAGCAUUGUGAUAAAGAGCAAAAGUGUGGGAUGAUAAAUGAAUUGGGGUCAGAUGAAGAAAAAGCAGUAAGGGUUGGGGCUCCUGAAGUAGAUAACAGCAAAACAGAUAAAGAUGGUGACCCUCCAUCCACCAGCUUAGAUAAUGUAGUAAGCAGGAGAUCAGUGCGAGAUAGAGGGAAAAAGAAGGUCAAACGUCAAUCAAAAGGUACUCCAAACCCCAACAGAACAAAGCCAGUAACAGGAAAAGGAGACUCUAACAAAACACUCUAA